CGUAAGCGGCACUGCUUCAAAUAUACCAGUUAGUCAGUAGUCGAUUGUCGGUUGUAAAACACAUGAGAGAAAAAGAAGUUAAGUUAGCGGCGCACCGUCUACUGGAGUCCAUCGAGCGGUUUUUGGAUCCUUUUCAUAUCGCGUUCGGUUUCAGACUAUUUUAAUUAUUAGUGUGAGAGAUUGUGGUUUUAAGGAAAUUUAUGUUGUUGCUGUAAUUAUAUUUUCAGACUUUAUAAAAACAGUAGCUGACCUGAUAUGAAUGUGACUUUAUUUUUGGAGGGGCAAAGAAUAACGAAUAUGAGGUGAAGAUACACUUUUCUUUCUAAGAUAAUCUUUGUUAGGAUGAACAUGGGAUCGGAUAGAAGAUUGGAUAACAGAACAUUGGAACAAUUAAUUAGAGAUACAACAUCGUGUAGUCUUCGUAUGGUAUUUCUGGUCCUGGUGUUAGUAUCUGAAUGGCUGCCUACAUCAUCCAGUGCCGCUUAUUCUUCAAAAAGAAAAGAUCAAGCAUACCAAAUCAAUCCAAAACCUUGUUGGGUAGAUGGCCAGGAAGGUACUUGCAUGUUUGUUUAUGAAUGCAUAAACACUGAUGGUUACCAUAUAGGUAUGUGCGUCGACACGUUCAUGUUUGGUUCUUGUUGUGCACACAAUUCCACUCAGAAUACGGUGAUUCCGUCACAGCUACCAAACCAACCUAACCGUCCACAAAUUCUUUACACUCAUCCAAGCUCUAGUCAUAGUAGUCAUAGUAAUAACUAUAAUAAACCAACCAAACCGCUAAGUCAUUAUAUUAGUACUAGUAGACCUAAACCAAACAGCCACCAACUGGCCAAUAACUCAACGAGAUCAUCAGCAGCUACUCGUAAUCCAACUUUACCUACUUCUACUGAUCGAUCUGAAUUCUCUUGGAGAAUAUCUACACCUCCUCCUAGGCACAGUAUUCGACCGAUGAACACAAAUGAUGAUUUCACGUUGACUGCCAACCUCAUCUAUACGAAACCUGGAUGGCAAAUGACAACCGAACCCGCUUUCAUAACAUCAAACCACAGUUCUAAGGAUCCGCAAAUAGAAACGAAUAGUUUACAAAACUGGCAGUCUACAACGGAGUUUGGAGUAGUGACUAGACAGAAAAAACCUACAAAAACCAAGAAUAGACCGACAAAGAAGCCGGUACAAAGCGCGGCAGAUAAAUAUUUCACCAAGUAUUCAAUGAAGCCUACGAAGCCUACUACCACUAAAAGGCCAACAGAAACUGGUAGACCUGAAUUAUUUUAUCCAAAAUUACCAAACAAAACUCCAACUACUAUUUUGCCUUCUCCAACAAGUUCAAAUGGACUUUCUAUAUCAACAACUUCGGUAGCAAACGACGAUAUUUCUUGUGGCGUUCCUCAGAUGUUUACCAAAGCUCAAACAAGGAUAGUGGGUGGAAAAAAUGCUCCUUUUGGAAAAUGGCCUUGGCAGGUUUCCGUGAGGAGAACAUCGUUUUUUGGAUUCUCUAGUACACAUCGAUGCGGUGGAGCAAUCUUGAAUGAAAAUUGGAUGGCAACUGCUGGACACUGUGUAGAUGACUUACUGACAUCGCAAAUCAGAAUAAGAGUUGGAGAAUACGAUUUUUCCAGCGUUCAGGAGCAACAUCCCUAUGUAGAAAGGGGAGUAUCGCAAAAAAUAGUACAUCCCAAAUACAACUAUUUCACUUACGAGUACGACCUUGCUCUUAUCCAAGUUGAUAAAUCAUUGGAAUUCUUGCCGCAUAUAUCUCCUAUAUGUCUACCAGCUUCUAAUGAUCUUUUGAUUGGAGAAAAUGCUACAGUAACCGGAUGGGGUAGACUCAGUGAAGGCGGUACCUUACCAUCAGUGUUACAAGAGGUUCAAGUACCUAUAGUUAGCAAUGAUCGCUGCAAGAGUAUGUUCCUAAGGGCUGGUCGACACGAAUUUAUUCCUGAUAUAUUUCUCUGUGCUGGAUACGAAGGAGGAGGGCAGGAUUCUUGUCAAGGAGAUUCAGGAGGUCCUUUGCAAGUGAAAGGAAAAGACGGACGUUACUUUCUAGCGGGGAUCAUUUCAUGGGGAAUUGGAUGCGCCGAAGCUAACCUUCCCGGAGUAUGUACAAGAAUAUCCAAGUUUGUUCCAUGGAUUCUGAAAAUAGUUACUUAACGAUAUGAACUCUACCAAUUAUAAAAAUACUAUACGACUUGUAGCCUUUAUCGAAUCGACCACCAAGUUUACUUUUUACUAUAUGUAAAGCGUGGGGUUGGUGAUGCAGAAGACAAACAACAAAUAGAAAAUUGAUAAUAAUCGUCAAUUGGUAACCUAAUAUAUGAAAUGCGAAUUCCCUCUCACUUUAAUGUCAAAUACAAUGUAUCUGUAAUAUAUUAUCAUCAUCAAAGAUA